GGUUACCGAUGCGUGCCCAGUACUUCCUGGUGGCAGUCGCGACCGUUCUCCUCGCUACCUGUGCGACGCUGUCUUCGGUCAAUGCCGUUCAGGUCUCUCCAGCUGCUCGGAGGCAAGGUUACGUGCUUCUGAGGAGCCUGGAGAUGAAGCCGCGCGGCGAAGGCGAAGAAGAGAGGGCGGGAGGGGCCCUCGGCAAGGUCGACGACGUGGUGGCCGACAUUGUCGACGAUGCCCCCUCCCUGAUGAAGAUGUUCAAGCAUUGGAGGACAUUAACCGCUGGUGAGAAGCUCAGGACGGCUGGCCUGGCCGAUCUCCCUGAAGAAAAGUUCAUGGAGGUCUUGAAGUUGUACGGACUGUACAAAGCGCUCGGAUCUGACGCGUUCUUAGCUCGGCAGGAACGUAUCAAGGCUAAGGCACAUCCGACACGGACAUAGGUAAGAUACUAGUACGGGUCGUAGAUUCCUGUCCGCAGUAGCGCACUCCCAAUAUUAUCAUUCGUUUAAUUGUUAGUUAG